AUGAACAUAUCAUCGACUAUUAAUCCUGACCUGGAUACUACUGGCGUUAAGCCAAAAGCCAAGGAUGUUGCAAUACUCAAGGCCAAUGCGACGAAAAUUGAUGAGCCAGGUCAUGUCUGGGUAUCAUGGAACCCUAGCAGCGAGAGCUGCGAUGAAAACCAGCCAGCAUGCCUCAAGUGCAAACGUCAUGAUGUGGUAUGCAACUACGGACCAUCUAUAAUCAAGAAGAUCUCAGAUAGAUCCGACAUGGGAAGCUCAACUGCCGAAGAACCAGGGACUGAUAAGAUUCCUGAUUUUCCCGAGACUGCUGAAAGACGUCUUCAAGAGCUCACUCUUCUUCAUCACUACACAACCAACACCAGUCGAACAAUAUCAUUUACCACCUCCACCAACUACGACCAAGCCACCAUCGAUAUGUUUACGCAAACCGUUCCUUCAAUCGCUCUCACAAACGUCGCACUUUUAUAUUCCAUCUACAGCAUAUCAUCCUUCCACCUCAACCACUCAACCAUCGCACCCAGCACCAGCACCAGCACCGGUACCUCCAACCCCUCAUUCCUAACCGCCUACACCUACCUCGACCAAACCCUGCGUCUCCACCGCCAAGAAAUCCAGCACCUUACCCCCCUCACCGCCGACGCCAUCUGCCUCACCUCCAGCAACCUACGCAUCUGCGCCUUCGCCAUGCUGCAACAGCGUUCUCGAAUCCCCUACACCGCACCCAUAGACUGGCUCCGAAUCAACCGCGGUGCAUCCAUGGCUUUUAAAGCCGCGUGUCUAUGCAUUGUUUUAUCCCGAGAUGUGGAUGUAGAUUUCCACAAUAUUAAUCCCAGCGAAGAAGCGCUGAAGAAAAGCGUCGCAUGGAUGUUUGUGAGAAGAAUGCCGGUUUUAGCUGAUCAUUCGGAGAUUUUCGUCGAGGCGAAUGCAGGGAAAUUCGCGCAUUUGUUGAGGAGGACGGAAGGGGAUUUGGCGAGUGAGGAGUGGGAUGGGGAAAUUGAAGGCGCAUAUAGAUCGACUGUGUGUUAUUUGGGGUAUGUAUACAAACAUAUUGAAGCAAAGGAUGAUCCGGCGACGAUUACUCGGUUGCUGAUCGGCUUUCCAUAUUUUAUCGAGCAACGGUUCGUGGAGCUAGUAGCUGAAGAACAACCUAGAGCGAUGGUUUUGUUGGCCGUCGUUUUUGCGCUAUUUGUGAGGAUUAGGAAGAUUUGGUGGAUUGGGAAUUGUGGGGAUAAAGAGGUACGAGGGAUAUUUGGGAUGCUGGGGGAUGAAUGGGGGGGUGUGAAGGAGGAAAUUGGGGAUUUGGUUAGAGAGGGGGAGGAGGAUGUGUAUGAAUUUUUGUAA